CUCACUACUGUGCAUUACACGUGUGGCAUUAAGAAAUAUAGCAAUGUAUUUUAAAUACAAAAUGGUCUUGUACAUUGUAAAUUUAGUUUUACUUCCAACUGUUUUUUCACAAAUGUCAAGUGAAACAUCAUUAACUAGAAUUAUGAGAAGAUUGGAUAGAAUUGAAAAAAAUGAAGAAGACUUGGGAGCUGCAUUGCGUAUUUUACGAAAGGAUCUGAAAGAAGAAAUAGACUUAAUACUAAAGGACAUAUCUGCGCUUUCUACCAUGAUUACGGGAUCUUCAGGACAAGUUGUAAAACAUGACGAAGAACAAGUUUCUAAAACACACCAGGCGCCGUGUGAUUGUGGAGAUAUUGUGAGUCAAUAUAAAAAUUUAAUGAUGGCAUUUAAGAGAGAAAAAUCCGAAAAUACAAUGCUACGAAAGGAAUUUCGCGAAAUGAAAAAACAACAUGAUUUGGAAAUCAGAAAUGUCAGCGAAAACAUUAUUGACAUGGAUUCUAGAUUAAACAAUGCGGAAAAGACAUAUGCUGUGUGUCAAAAAGAUAUAAAUCACGCGCGUUCUUACAUCAACGACGGUUUAAUGCAUUUAAAUGAGUCAUUCACGAACCGUUCAUUGAAUACAUUACAGGAAAUAUCUCGGAUAACAUCAGAUACUGCCAAACUAAAAACGUCGAAUGAAAUCUUGAAGAACAUAACUGAUAAUUUAACUCGGCAUCCAAUUUUCAUCCCCCCUAAAUCCUGUGGCAGUGUAUUUAAGAGUGGUGAAUAUACAAUAUAUCCAGAUGCGUUUCCACAGGGCGUGAAAGUUUAUUGUUAUUUGGAGUCCACGAACGAGGGAUGGAUAGUUAUACAGAGGAGGAAAGAUGGGUCUGUAGAUUUCAAUCGCACUUGGGCGGAUUACAAAGCUGGCUUCGGUAACUUGAGUGGUGAAUUCUGGCUGGGCAAUCACCAUACCUACCAGCUGACUAAGGACAAACCGAAACAGUUGAGGAUUGACAUGGAGAUGUUCGAUGGAACGAAGCGAUAUGCGCUGUAUUCUGAGUUCAAAAUAUCAUCCGAGUCUGAGAAGUAUAAGCUCCAUGUGGCCGGAUAUACUGGGGACGCAGGAGACUGUUUAUUAACGGCUUGUGCUGAUGAGAAUCUUCACAACGGACGGUCGUUCUCAACUUUCGAUAGAGAUAAUGACCGAAGCAGUGGUUAUUGUUGUGCAUGCCAAUGGGGGGGAGGUUGGUGGUUUGAUCACUGUUUCAGUGCAUAUCUUAACGGUAAAUACGGAAAGGAGUAUACGUAUGAAAUUACCUGGUACAAGAUCACUACGUUUUCCGCAUCUUUCAAAUUUGUGCAAAUGAGCAUGCGCUAAGAAUGCACAUUAAGACGUUGAUAUGACUUGUUAAAGUAUUUCCGUUUGAGCAAAGAAAAUGAUUGUCGUUCGUAUUGUAUCGAUUGUUUUAAUGUUUUGGUGUACAAUAAAAUAUUGCAUGAUAUUAGUAAACACAUUUCGUGUAUAACUGUCUUAGAAGUCACCUGUAAAAACUAUGUCGCGUAUAAAUGCUGUACAUUUGUAUUUCAAGUCAAAUUCAACAUAUAAAUUUGGUGCGCUACAUCUACAAUUGAAGACUUUUCUAACGCAAUAAUCUUGAAGCAAGUAUUUUUCAAACACGAAUGUCUCAAGUGUAAGUAAUGAUUUAGAUUUUAAUUUGUACAUGUUAUCAUGUAACACCAUUCUGUGGACGCUAAAUAUAUAAAAUUAUUCUUCCCUGACAAUCGGACACUUAAGCACGUGGGGUAGGUAUUGUUUCAUCUUGCUGCAUGUGGAAAUUGUGAAACGCGCUAUAAUGUUAAUUUUAUUUGGAGAUAUCAUUUUAAUUGGGCUGUAACGCUAUGAAAACAUUAAAAUAAUCCAAAAACAAUAUUGUUCGAAUGCAUAUUUCUCGAACGCAACCGCGCAGUUGGCAUUUAGCAGGCUACAUACCACGCGUGCUAAAGAGUAUGAUCGUCGCGGAUGAAUUAUUUUAUCUUGAGCUUGCAUAAAAUGUAGUCAAAUUAUCACAUAUACAAUACUGACUCAUAAGUGAGAUAGUCAGUUUUAUAAAUGUUGGUUUAGAAAAUCUCCAAACUUGUGGGCGAUGCAUCAGAAAAGUCUUCAUCCCACUGUAGUAAGGUUUGGGUUGCUGUAUGCUUCUAUUUGCUUUCAUAUUCAGAAGACAUUUAAAGCCGGGAGAAAAGUAUUGUACAUAUACCGGAAAUUGAUCGUCACAUUUGUUUGGCAUAAAUUUUCACUCAUAAAGUCUUGUUUUGUAUAGUUAGUUUCAUCUAGAGGUGUAUUUAACGUGAUGAAGGGAAGUUUAUCGGCCCUUUGGUGCAACAUCAGCAUGGGACUUACACAUAACAAAAACAAUGACUGUUUCAGAAGUUACCAGAGCAUGCCGUUGUUGUAUUGCAAACUGAUAACUGAUAUAUCUGCAUAACAAUAAAUGUUGAUGCGUUAAUUUGGUAUCUGGAGAGCAAAACACUGAUACAUGUUGUGAUUUGUACAUCUGAGUACGAAGUGCCGAUGGUGAGCUUUUGUAAUCAGCUUGUGUGUAGCUAGUUAUAGCACCUUUGGCCACUUCUUUAUCUAGUGUAGAUGACACUUGGUAAGAAUACUAAUCUUUACAAUAUCCAUGCUCUGUUCAAAUCUUGACAACGUGCAACAAAAAACUUGGUCACUAAGUUACAUAUCAAAUCAUGGCGAAAAACACUAUCGAGGCCACGUGUACGAAGCAAUCUUAAUGAAACUUUGUCAGAAAUGUUAUAUUGGAAAUAUGUAGGCACAGUCUGAAUCUGGGUCACAUGCAUCUGUAUCCACUUUAGAUGCCAUAUUUUAUUUAUAACUCACUCUGGAUAAAACUGUAAGAGCGCUUAACGUGGCAAUAUCUAGACCGAUUUUGGAUCUGGGUCAAGUUCCUCCAACAUCUAAGUCAUCAGAUUAAAUCUUAGGAAAACCUUGUAAUCUCUCUAGAAGCCACAUGUAUGACCUUGAUGAAGCAUGGUCAGAAGAUUUCUUUUGACAAUAUGUAGACCAAGUUUAAAUCUCGACCAUAUGUGCCAAGUUUAAAUCUCGACCAUAUGUGCUUAUAAUAAGGUCACCAGGUAAAAUCUAAAAAAAAACAUAUAACCACUGCAGAAGCCACACGCAAGACCCAAUCUCGAUUAAACAGGGGAAAAUAUGCUAAUCCUAUCAAUAUCAAUGUCAUGUUUGUAUGAGGGUCAAGAGGUUUAAAAGGUGUUCCUUGAUAUCAGGUGAGCGUUUCAGGGCCAUCAUUAACAGCAUGUUUUUACUUUUAAAUUAGUAUUAAACUAUUAUUGGUAUAUAAUCAAAUGAUAU